AUGAAAAAGAUACAAGCUUCUGUUAUUGUAUCUACUGCUCAGCAACCUUUAGGAAAGGUGACUGCUCAUCAGUCAGAUUUAGCUAACACAGACUCGAAGAUACCCGAUCAUUCCUUUGAUGAAUCUGGUCGUUCUGGUAGUCAAAAGGUGUGUUUUUAUGAAUUUUCAAGUGCACCUACAAGUAAUAACCCUCCGGUUAGUACUAACACACACUUUCUAGCUAAACGAACUAGUCGAAUCCAUCUAGAACUGGAAAUUUCAUCUGGAAUUUCAGAGUCUAAGCUUUGCUUGUCGAGCUCAAUUCCUAGUGGUGAAGACAAAAUGGGAUCGGGUAACACGAAUACUAAUCCUAUGGUUCCUAAUGGACAGGGCUUAAUGAAUAAAGAUGUCAGUCUGAUCAGUAAACAUGGACUCUGUGACGAUCCUCCAAUAACUUACACCUCUGCGAAAGGCUCUGGUGAUGACUUAUCUGUCAGACGUUUGGAUCGCAUUAAAAAUAGAUUAUACAAUUCUGAUAUUAUAAAUAGAGCCUAUACAUCUGUAACUGAAGAGGAUCUGACCAGGACUGCAUCGUCCAAGGCUCCUCAGUUUCCCAGUGAUUUUGCAAGUGAAGCCGAAUAUUGUCAGAAUUCCAGGACUUCUCUACUAUCUGAUCGUCUUGAGGCUCGAAUACGUAAGUUUGAACGCCAUUCGUUCAACACUAGUUGGUAG